AUGGAGCAAGCAACUGAAGUUCAACCCCAAGCAUCUCAAGCAAGCUUGUUCGAGAGAUUGGGAUCAUAUCCAUUUAAUGCAGACCCGGAAUUUGCCAACGGUCUCUCUAUUAUACUUGGUCACCCAGAUGUCCCCGCAAGUGAGACUGAGGUCAAUCGCGAUGAUGAUUUAGUACUACAGGCGAAAUGCUUUUACUUCUCGCGGAAGGAAGAUCUGUCGCCACCACUUGACUUUGCGGCAUUUAAAGUGUGGUUGGCACAGAACGCGGGAGCAGCACAGUCAUCCUGCCAGGCUGCUAAACCUACCAUGCUCUCAAAUCCGACUCGAACCUCUGCACAAGAGCCAACCUAUCCGUCAUCUUUUGCACACAUAGUUGAGCUCAUCACCACCGGUCAACCGAUCCCCGGGAUUCAGCAAAUACCAGACACGGUAUUAACGGGUCAUGAUUCCUCAAGCGAACAGCCCAAGAGGUUGAAGCCAUGGGAAAAGGAACGAGACAAUGCCGGUGAGGUAGUGUGA